GGAAAGUGGCUUCCCCAUUUCAUUUAUUCACAAGAGAAGGCUAGAAAUAAGCCCGCCCCCACUCUUUUUUCUGGACAGUUGGCAACAUUAGGAAGAGGACUUAAAGAUCUUGCCAGGUUUACUGUCGGCUUUGGGAAUCCCUCAAAAAGAGUGUCUUGGGAAUAGAGCUUCAGGAGACAGUGUUUGGCGGCAUGUUAUCUGUGGAAGGCAGUAGCCUUAGGGAUUAUCACCUGCCCAGGAAGCUAUCAGUACAACGAACAGAUUUCUGGCAAGCAGUGCAUGGGUCAUAUUAUCUCCAAAGGUCUGCUUUAAGAAGAUUAAGCCUCUGAGUUCUUCUGGCAAGCGAGAUAGCUCAAAACAGUGUUUCUGUGUGAUUUUUAUGUCCAAGAUUCCCCUCCACAUUGAUGUAUUCUUUACUUAGAAGAAGACUGGAGUCCCCAUCCUUGGGAGGACACUACGUGACACCUGGAAGUCUUAAAAUUGGUGUAUGGCACCAUUAGCACAACAAUCAGUCUAAAGCCAUGGCUGCCAUCUUUACCAACAGGACCCUGAUUGUGAACAACAAGGACAAGGAUAAGUUGGAGCUGGAACGUGAGCUAACUCGAGCAUUGGAGAACAAGAUUAUGCUUCUGUAUUUUGGCUCUGGUGAAUGUCUUCGAUGCCAAGAGUUUGCACCCAUCCUGAAAGAUUUUUUUGUGAGGCUCACAGAUGAAUUUUACGUGGAGAGAGCAUCCCAGCUGGUCCUGGUCUUUGUCUCACUGGAUGAGACUGAGGAGAAGCAAGACAAGUUUCUGAAGACCAUGCCCAAGAGAUGGUUGUUUUUGCCCUUCCAGGAUGAAUUCAGGAGGGAACUGGAAUUGAGAUUUUCUGUGACAAACCCCCCAGUGGUAGUGGUGUUGAAACCAAACGGAGAAGUCAUUGCUGCAAACGCAGUGGAGGAGAUUAAGCAGGUGGGCCCUGCUUGCUUCAGGAACUGGCAGGAGGCAGCUGACCUGGUGGAGAGGAACUUCCUCCUGGCCCAGGACUUUGACAACGUGGCUCUGAGGAGCAUCAUGGAUCCCAUCCGCCGGCUCAAAUACAAGCUUGCAAGCAACAAAAGCAGAAAGGGAAGCAAAGACGACUACGAAGAAGAAGUGUUCUCCUGACAGGACAUUUCUUCCCAUGGUAGCUUUGUUGUAGGUGAGCUUAACUCUUCCCAACCCAUGGCCUGUGUGCAGGAUAAUGAUUGUUACCUACAAGCACAGAAAUUGUUACUGAGAACAGAUUUCAGGCUUCUGAAAAUCUAAGUGCCUUUUACUUUUCUAAAAAAAAAAAAUUCUAGCCUUUAUGACUGUGAAGAUAGUCAUGAAAGUGUGUGGACAAUAUCUUGUGAAAGCAUAGAAUUUGGGAGUCUGGUGGGUGAGGGUUCAUGCAGAUUUUCAGUGGCUCCUGGGAACUGUAGCAUUUGCCCCUUCCACUUGAAUAGCAGAAGACGCCUGUAAUGGGAAUGGAGGUUGCUUGUGCGUAAACUUCCCAACCGUUCCACGCUGGUUGAAAAGCUAAACCUUUCCCUGGUUUGACAGCCCUCACAACGCAACUGUCUCAAUCACUGGCAGAAUCCGUCAGUGGGCGUUUCCUGAACUUCUUCCA